GUGAAACAGAAAGAUGCUAUGAGUAUCAGGAUGCCCAAAGAGCUUAACAUUGACAUUGCGGAUAUUUUACCUGGGUAUAUGUGCCAUAAGUAUUUAAAGGAUCAAGAAAGAUUUGCGGACAUCACAACAUUUAUACAAAGCAACAUACAAAACGGAGAGAGCAACAGAAUGUCUGUCGAACUUCAGGCAGUCCACAGAAAGGCAGACAACCCCCAUGUUUCCACUAUCAACAUCACCAAUGAUGAGACGGACACAAAGCGAGAUGCAGGAGUUGAGAACAAGGCAUACCAAGCCUCCACAGACAGCCUUGCAAACCCCGUUCCUUCCCAAGAACCAGAGGUAAGCCCAGAUGAUAUCAAAGUUUCACACAAACCCAAUGGUGUUGACAACAUUCCAGUUAAAGCUGAAUUAGGUCCACAAAUAGAGACAGAUUAUGAAGACGAUGAAGAACCGGACUGUUGCGCCAGGGCAGUUGGGAAAGUCCAAUAUGGACUAUCAAACAGCUACAAGUCAAACAAGAAAAUCAUCUGGAAUGCAAUAUACAUCUUUCUCAUCAUUGGUUACUUCGUCUACUUUGGCUUUGCUAUGGCGCACCGGUUUGGAGACGAAGGCUCUAUACGGUUGCUAUGGGUGACCUGUCUGGUUGUUUUCUGCUCUAUCUUAUACACAAUAUACAAGAUGUGUGGGGGACAGAUAGCAGAGUGUAUCAAGCCUAUGAAGAGGGGUAUAAAAGAAAAAUGGUAUAUUAUAAGAUGGUUCUUUAUAAUUGCUGCUAUUGCAUUCGUAAUCGUAAUCCUCAUAGUAGAAGUUGCCUUGAAGAACCCCUACAACCUUACAUCUGCAGCAGGACUUGUAGUCUAUGUGCUCCUCUUCUACAUCUUCUCCUACAGCCCAGCAAAGGUCAAAUGGACACCAGUUUUGAUGGGCCUGUUGUUGCAGUUUAUAUUUGCCCUGGUCAUACUCCGCACUUGGUGGGGCUAUGAAGCCUUCAAGUGGCUCGGGGACAGAGUCACAGAGUUCCUCGCUCAUACUAAUGCGGGAGCACAGUUUGUCUUCGGUGAUGCAUACCAGGCUCAUUUUUUCGCUUUCAGUGUAUUACCAACUGUAGUGUUCUUCAGUACUGCCAUCUCUGUGCUAUACUACCUAGGCUGGAUGCAGACUGUCAUCAAAGGCGUUGCCUUGGUGAUGCAGCACUGCAUGGGAACCACUGCAGCUGAGUCUCUCAAUGCAGCUGGCAAUAUCUUUAUUGGACAGAGUGAGGCUCCGUUGAUGAUUCGCCCUCUCAUAAAAGACAUGACUAGGUCAGAGCUGCAUGCUGUGAUGACAGGAGGCUUUGCAACUAUAGCUGGAAGUGUAUUGGCUGCUUACAUUCUAUUUGGGGUCCCAGCCAAUCAUCUUCUCUCUGCAUCUGUGAUGUCAGCACCUGCUGCCUUGGCAAUGUCCAAACUGUUUUAUCCAGAGACAGAGAAAUCUCGCACAACUGCAAAAGAUGUCCGUACAAUGGAAAAACCACCAGAGAAAAAUAUUGUUGCGGCUGCCUCCAGUGGAGCGUCCAUGUCAGUGAAACUUGUGGCAAAUAUCGCAGCUAAUCUCAUCGCUUUCAUCGCUUUGCUGGCAUUUGUGAACGCCACAUUAACGUGGCUUGGUCACCGUGUUGGGCUAGAAAAACCAGACUACCCAGAACUUACAUUCCAGUUGAUUUGCUCCUACCUAUUAUGGCCAUUUGCAUUCCUCAUGGGAGCCGACUCGCAAGAUUGCCGUCAAGUUGCAUCGUUAAUAGGCACAAAAACCUUCAUCAAUGAGUUUGUUGCAUAUGGAGAUUUAGGAGUACUCAUAGAAAACAAAAGAGUGUCUGACAUGUGGUACGAUCAGUUCCAUAAUCCUAAUGAUACCACUGUACAUCAGGUCAUUUCAACACAGGAUGACAUACUGUUCACUAAUGUGAUGUUAAAUGGCACUGCCCCCAAAGACCUCAUCUACAACCUUGGGACAAAUGUAACCUUAAUUGGAGGUAUCCUCACUAGGCGCUCUGAGAUUAUUGCCACCUACGCCCUCUGUGGGUUCGCCAACCUUGGUUCUAUAGGGGUCAUGUUAGGAGCAUUAGGGGCCAUGGCACCAAACAGGAAACCGGAGUUAGCUAGCAUAGCUGUCCGGGCCAUGAUAGCAGGCAAUGUGGCAUGCUUCAUGACAGCUUGUAUAGCAGGUUUGUUGUACGAAGAAGAAAGCACUUUACUCGGUGGAUAAAAUCAAUGCUGCAUAUAGCUGUAACUGUAACAUUUAACAGAGGAGACUGGAAGUUUAAAUGUUCUGCAAAUACCUACAUCAUUUGGAUAUAUAGGCAUACACGUAUUGUCGGAUAUCUUAGAAACAUUUAUUCCUGUCUCAUACAGAUUUAUUUUAAGUAAACAGACAUGUACAGUACUUGACAUUCCAGAUUUUUUAUGUAUAUGCUUAUAUUUUUAGUUUAUCCUAUAAACAACCAUGGGCACAUGCAUAAUACCAAUGUUAGGUUAAAGGUUGUAUAGUAUCUCAUCAUAUGGUUUUAGAUUUCAUAAAGGGAACAUAGAAAGAUCUGACUUCUUCCAUGUAAUCACAUUUUAUUC